AUGAAUACGUUACCCCCACCUACCACUCUGAUCACGGAUAUCAUGAUCGGUGUUGGUAGAUCAUCUUUCGUUAACAAAAUUUUUUUCUACAAAACUUUGAAGCAAAAAUUGAGAAAUUUUACCACUAAUAGUAGUGAGUUAAAGCAAGGUGCUUACGGAUUCAAAACGGGAAUUCUGUGUAUAAGCCUAUUAACUUAUCCCUUCUGGUCCAACGGAUUACAGGAGGCAUAUUGGUCGUUCAAAUAUGGAAAAUUAAACAAAAAGGAGAUUCUAUCAGACCGAUUCCAAUGGCUACACGAAUGUAUGAUUAGAGAUGAAAUUGAGCAGUUGGCUGUGACAAGUGAACCCAAAAGUUAA